GGCGGUACCGGAAGUCGGGUGGGGGCGGCCGCGGUCGCAGCCUGGGCGCUCGGGCGAGGGGCAGUCGCGGAGGCGGCUGGCGGCCUGCGGCACACGGCUAAGGGUCAUGUGACCGGAAGGGCUCCUGACGGACGCCGUCCCUCCUCCGCGCGGCCUGAGCGCCCGGCCCGACCCCGGCCAUGGGGUGCUGCUACAGCAGCGAGAACGAGGACUCGGACCAGGACCAAGAGGAGCGGAAGCUGCUUCUGCCUAGCAGCCCUCCUGCCAAAACCCUCAAUGGAGCCGAGCCCAACUACCACAGCCUGCCUUCUGCCCGCACAGACGAGCAGGCCCUGCUCUCCUCCAUCCUCGCCAAGACAGCCAGCAACAUCAUCGAUGUGUCUGCCGCUGACUCCCAGGGCAUGGAGCAGCACGAGUACAUGGACCGGGCGCGACAGUACAGCACUCGCCUGGCUGUGCUGAGCAGCAGCCUGACCCACUGGAAGAAGCCGCCACCGCUGCCGUCUCUCACCAGCCAGCCCCACCAAGUGCUGGCCAGCGAGCCCAUCCCUUUCUCUGACUUGCAGCAGGUCUCCAGGAUAGCUGCUUACGCCUACAGUGCACUUUCUCAGAUCCGUGUGGAUGCAAAAGAAGAGCUGGUGGUACAGUUUGGGAUCCCAUGAAGAGAGGAGGGUCCUGGGACAGCUCUUCUCCUCCUCUCUUCACCCCGUCUCCACCCGCUCCCCUGGCCCCCAGCCUCACUGCGGCUUAUACAGUACCCUAACCUGCUACUAAUCACAGAAGAAUGUGGAGAAGGAGGAGAGCGAGCCUAGAGGCCAGAGCAAGUGAGGAUGGAGCCAGGGAGGGUUGAACCAUCUGGGACUGGUCGAACCAUUCGAAACCGCACCCAGGGGUGGGGUGGGGGUCAAAUGGACAGGGCCUGGGGCUCCUCCCAUUCCCUGGCAAGGUGGAGGUACCGUUGUGAGGGUGAUCACUGUAGGGGGCCUCUGAGGCCUCCCCCCACCCUCUCUCUUGACCUCACUCCUGCCCUCCUCUCUCCCUGACUUGGUGCUUACAGCACCUCAUUAGGGUUUGUGACCAGGGUCUAGACAAGCUUGAAUUUGUAUGAGUUGAGUUUGUAUUUCUAGAACCCUGGGUUUUUACAUGUUUGGGGGGUUUUGUUUUGGUUUGUCACCCUCGAUAAAGGAAGUGUAUUCA